CCCUUCCUGCUUCCUGACCCUAUCGUUAUCGUAAAGUGACCAGAUAGAGAAUUUAAACAAAAACUCAAAAGAAAACCAAAGCAUGGGUGUGGAUUCCUGGUUAUUCAUCUUCUCUGUGAUAGAUGAGGGAGCUUUAUUGUUCCUUGUUGUUUAUUUUGUUAUAACAUUAUCAGAUUUAGAAUGUGACUAUUUAAAUGCUACAAAUUGUUGUGAUAAACUUAAUAAGUGGGUUUUAGUGGAGGCUAUAGCUCAGUGUGUUUUAGCAGUUCUGUUAUUAUUAACAGGGCAUUGGAUAUUGUUUCUAAUGUAUGCUCCUGUAACAGCUUGGUUAGUUUAUAAAUUAGUAAAUAAACCAUCAGGAGAUAUUGGAAUGUAUGAUCCUACAGAGAUUCACAAUAGACAGCAACUAAAGACUUACAUGAAAGAAAACCUCAUUAAAAUGGGAUCCCAUCUCAUAUUCUUCUUUAUAUUUUUAUACUGGAUGAUUUAUUCACUUAUUAAAGGACUGUAACGUUACUUACAGGAUGACAAUAUCGUUGCUGGGUUUGACGAAGAGCGCAAAUGCAGUAGAAGUAAUGUUUCCACCUGUCGAAGUUAGUGACCUUUGAACUUGACACGCAAAAAGAUCAAGAACGAAACAGACUACUUAAUGAUAAUAUGCAUGUUUAAUAUUAUAGAGAUUUUUUUUCAAUUGAGUGUAACACAUUUUUUCGUCUUUUAAUUUAUUUUUAGAUAUACAUGUAUAACACAACCAAGAUGUUUAACAUCUUUUGAAUAUGUGACAAUUUAUACGCAUUUGUAAAUUCAUUAAUUCUGGAAUGUAUAUGAGAGUAUUGCUUCUUACUUAUGAUUAUGACAGCAAAUGUGUACAAGUUUAAAACUUGCAGUAUGCAACUCACAUGCUAUAAAUUGAUGAUUGGAAGGGUAACAUUUAUAGUGAUAUUGAGGGCUUUUUUCAAAACUACCUUUCCUCUUUUUUAUUGGGAAAAUAAGUGUAAUUUUUAUCAAAUUAGGGAAUUUAGAAUAAACCAUGAAUUUGACUGAAACUUCAAUUUGCAGACCCUCUUUAUAGAGUCAAACCCUGCUUUGAAAUAAUACCCCUUAUUGUCAGUGAUGAUACAUAAAUAGACCCUCAAAUCUGCACAUAUAGUCAUUUUAGGCAUGAAAAAUGAAUAAAUGAGUGUUUUACGGUUUGUAUUCAUGCACAAUUACUACUGAGACUGCAUUGUUUGGGUAAAAAGUUGUCUUUUGGGGAAUAAUUUUUAGCCAUGUUUUUUUUACAAAUUGGGAUUCUUCUCCAGGGGGAAAAAGCCUUUAUUCUCAGGUGAUUUAAGGCAAACAAUUUAGUGUGGAGGGGGAUUUAGAACGAGAUUGGAACUAAGGAAAUACUGCUUACAUUUUGUUGUGAGACUUUUUAUGCCUUGUACGAUUAAGUUGGAAUAUUUUUAUAUUGUGUAUUAUUGGUUAAGUUGUCGUUGUAUGUGCUUUUGCAGUUGAUUUCAUUCUAUUUUCUUUAGAUAAUACAUUUCAUUGUAUUUAAGUGUGCUGAGUUUUGUAUUAAAGUAUGAAUGAGCUUUGAUGAACAAGUAAACGGAAAUUGUAUAAUGCUUCUAUUAAUUAAUAUAAAUAAUACAAUGAUUUGUAUUUCCAUUUCAUUUUAGUGUACUAAUUCAAGUUAGUUAAAAAAAAACAUACAAAAAAAACACUCCUACAAGCCUUUUUCCGAUCUUGCUCAAAUUUGCACUAUUCAGUGAACUUAUAUAUUAUGUAUAUUUUUUGUAAAAUACUUGUGAAAAUAGGGAGGCUCUUAUUGUUGUAAAAUUCCUUCGUUAUUUUUAUUCAAGAGCUAUGCUUACUUAUAGAAAGCCUCUUUUGGAAAUUCUGUAAUUUAUUCAGGGAAAAAAAUAUAUAUUAGAAGUCACAAUAUGCAUUUAGGUCACAAAUUGGUGCAGAUUUUGUUGUUGCAUAAUUAAUAUUGGUGCAUAUAAAAUGUGUUUAUUCAGAUUUUUAUUUCAUGUUUGUAUAAUGUAUUGAUAAGUCCCAAGUGAUAAUGUUUGCCUAUUGAUUGUUUCAUUACCAAGUUUAAGUCCAGUUUGUUUAGGGCUAUGCCAGAAAAAAAUGUAUGGGGGGUGGGGGGGGUGAAAGGCAGUUUUUAUCAGCACCCGCCACCCAGACAAUUUUAAUUGAGAAUUAUAGUGCAUUAUAAUGUGAAAAGUUGCUCUGAUACCUAUCACCCAUGUAUUAUUAAUACAAUGUGCCUUCCAACCCCCAUCCCCUUCAUUUUUUCCCUGAAUAGCCCUUAGGAAAAUGCUAUGUAAUAACGUUAGUACAUGUUAACGAUUUGGAGGUCCUCCGUUUUCAUAAAGUUCUGUUUUUUUCAUUUUUAAACACAACAGAACUAUGUAAAAGAACAAAUGGAAAAAAAAUUAAUAUCUCAUCCUCAUUUUCUGAAUAAAAUUUAAAAUACCUAUUACCUCGAUGAAACAUUAAUUCUCAAUAUCUCACAAUUCCAAUCGUAAUCAUUCCAUCAAAGUAUUUGGUUUUCAACCGUGUAAGCUUUCGUGACAUCAAUUUAUGUUUGUUGGGCAUAAAAUACUUGUUUGUACAUUGGCUAUAUAUAUUGCAUUCAUAAAAGAUAAAUGUAAAUAAUGAUAAAAUACAACACUUUUCUGCAGUUAAGGUUGAAUAUUGUACAUAAGAAUCAGUGAUGCUUGGUCAACUUUGAGCUGGCAUAAUUAUUUUGUCAUUUGAAGCAUGAAGACACCCAAUUGCCAAUAUAAGACCUAACUGAUGUCAUUAAUCAAUGUAGAGUUAAAAAAGUUUUUUUAUACACCUACAAAAUGUAGGAACCAAAGAAGUUACCAUUUCCC